AGAAGUCAUGUAGUUUUCCAAUGUACAUUAACGAAGAGAUUAUUCCAAUAAAAUAUUACAGUUUGUUUAGAAACAAAAGUUCGUUGAAGGAUUUUCCUUGUGGUGUCUUUAAGUUUGACAAUCACGUCUUCUGUCUAUGGCAAUACAGAUGAUGACGCAAUAAAUGUGCGACGUGGACGGCGCUGUAAUAUUUGGAUUCUAGGCUCCGUCGUGUGUUUAAGAAACAACUAGAAGUGUUUGCUGAGCUGCGUUGCACAUUACAUGUAAAUCAGUGUAAUGUGGCGAUUAAUCUAUUAAAUUUGAAAAAAAAAAUCGCACUAUUUAUUUAUUUAUUACGCAGCUGCUACAAACAAUACAGCUUUUACUUCAUAAACCCGAGACAUGCAACAUGCUCUUCCAUUUCACGAGGCUAAAAGGACUACUGACUUUCCACAAGCUCUUAUUUACUUAAUAAUUCUUAUUUAGUUUCACUGUUUUGCUGUGAAUGCUCGGGUGUACUGCUGUGAUUAAUUUCCCCUGUCUGGUCCUUCUUUUAUGUUCCCCGGUGGGAACGCAACACGUACUUAUCGUUCCUCUUUCCACUGGAUGUUGUGCGCUUGCUCUGUAUGAUCUCGAGUUUAGUAAUAGAAAGUCUGCUUUAAUAUAGUUUAAUAAAAACAUUCUUCGAGAUGCGAACAGACCAUACGGAAAGCGAUGUCAUAAAUGGGAGUUUCCACCAGCCCUCAGACAGUGAGGUUCAGAGAUGGAUGUCCAGUGCGUUCAACAUGGCGAUAGAGGCUCUUGAAAAUGGUGAGGUGCCAGUUGGAUGUCUUCUGGUGUACAACAAUAUUGUUUUAGGCAAAGGAAGGAAUGAGGUGAACGAAACAAAAAAUGCUACACGUCAUGCAGAAAUGGUGGCACUGGACCAAGUGUUAGAGUGGUGUUCUCACAGAGACCUGGACCCAAAGGAGGUGUGUAAGCACACUGUUCUCUAUGUGACCGUCGAACCGUGCAUUACAUGUGCAGCUGCACUGCGUCUGCUGAAUGUCCCACUGGUUGUGUACGGGUGUAAGAAUGAAAGAUUUGGGGGCUGCGGCUCAGUGCUGGACAUCUCAUCAGGUGAUCUUCCCGACACUGGAACAUCAUUCAAGUGUAUACCAGGUCACAGAGCGGAGGAGGCUGUUGACAUGCUGAAGACAUUUUACAAGCAAGAGAAUCCUAAUGUGGCGAAUCCUAAAGUAAGGAAAGAAUGCGUGAGUCCAGCAGGGGGCACUAUCACCACGCACACUGAAGCAGCUCCACAUGAGGAUGACGUAAAAAUGGCCGUUUCAGACUGAAAUGGAAAAAUAAAACCCACAUUUCCUUUCCUCCAACUGAAGUCGAGUCAACAGACUGCACCAAUAUGUGGUUUAAAAUGACUUUCGUCUUUGGAAAUUCCACUUCCAGAGGUCUCCUCCUUUUCUCUGUCCUUACAUCACUCAUAUGUUAUACCGUGAAAACAUGCCUGAGCUUUCUUAUCAGCUGUUAUGCUACUCUGAAAACAGCACCUCAACAUCAUCAAAAGGUUUUUACAAAUCGUAAGUUGACCUGUCAGUAAGGAGCAGAUGAGGCAGCAAGUACACAAUCCUGUCUCUACACGACUGUGUCUCAAACCACAUAGCAAUGCUGAUCAGUUGAAUGUGUGCUUUUGAUCUAGUAAUCUUAGUAGCUCCAGAAUAUUCACAGACAUGAAGCAGUGUUAACACACAUAUAUCCCAGUUUUCUUCUAUAAACGGUGCAGAGAUCCACUUAAAAUUGGUGUUCAGUCAGUCCAGUUUUACACACAUUGGUUGUGUUGACCAAAGUAUUUGUGAUUUACGUUGUGUGCUUCAGCCCUCAGGAUUUGACUCUUGGUUUAAAAAAAGAUUUAUCAUAUGUAGAGCGUAGUAGAGAACGUUGUUCCUUGGUCUGUGGUACACGGGUUGUUUAGAUGAAUGUCAAUGCUGGUAGGAUUUCUGUCUGUCAUAUCAUGGGUUGUUGAUUAUUCAUGAACUUUUCAGGUAGAAAAUGAAUGUAAUUUGUUAUAUGAUGAAUAACGGGUACGAUCAUUCACAACUGUUUGUAUAUAUUUUUUUAAUUAUGCAAUAAUAGACAUCUUGUUGACAAGAAAACGACAAUUUUAGGGCUCUCACAGUAAGAGAGCAAGAACUUUGUUGUAAUUACUGCAGACUUUGCUUGCACCAAUAGCAGUUUCAGGGCGAGAAGUGAGAAAGAACACGGUAUCAUAAACCAAACCUAACUCUGCCUACACUCCUCCAGCAAGAGAGAUGUUCUGUUUUAUUCAUAAACAAUAACCUUGCA